UACAAGAACUGAUGGUGCAGUUAUCGAUUACAAGAACGCGGUCACCAGCAUCUCUACUGCGGUUAGAAAGCAAAGGACGCACAGUCAUGAGGUGGAUGAGUCCAGUUUUGAGCUAAUGGAAGAGGUGACGUUCUUUCUCUACUUCUGUGUUCUCCAAACAAUCAAUGUAUGUACCCAUGUUGGCCAAAACCAGCCUCGUGUUGAUAACGACUCUUUUCUGUUAAAUCAUACAAGUCCGUUGGAAUUAGGAACAGAGCACCUUCUUCAAAUUUUACCAUCUGAGCAAGUGUAUACUGUCAAGAUACUCCCGUCUGUAGCUUCAAGAAAACAAGAAAAUAAACGUGUCUUCCUCAGAAAAUCUGAUUUUACAAAUACGCAAACCUUGCAAGAUAAUUUGAAAACCAGUAAAAGAGAACCCAAAGAGAGCGAGUUUGUAUAUGGAAGUGACGACCGAAGUUUAGUGGAAAAUUAUAAACUUGGUCAGUAUCCGUAUUUCAAUGUCGUCAAACUGUCGUCUGGUUGUAGCGGAACGCUUCUGACGCCAUCUUUUAUCCUCACCGCAGCUCACUGCGUCCACGAUGGGACAAAAUUUCAUGAAAGGAUGGAACUGCUCAAAAUUCUGAUUCCACACAAAAUGGGGUAUAGGCUUUACUAUGCUAAAGAGAUUAUAGUGCCUUUUGAUUGGCAAAAAACCGAGGGCGUGUCUGACGCACGACGCGUUGUGUUUGAUUAUGCCGUCAUACGAUUAGAUAUUAGCGUCUUUGGGCGUCAUGACUUUUCGCCAUUACGCACUGUCAAGUUCAGUAUUUAUUCUGAAAAACUUUGUUUCUUUGCAUUUCCAAACAACGAAAACUUGAUGUGGAAAUCGGAGUGCAAUGGGUGGAAUAGCUUUCCGUUGUUUAAUAAAAACGUUCUUCUAAAUAAAUGUGAUUCAGCACGUGGCAACUCGGGAGCCACGAUUCUGUCGCAGGACAGUCGCCAUGGCAAUACGUAUAAAAUCAUCGGCGUUCUGUCCAGUGUGUUACCGGAGAAACAUUACACGUCAUUUAGUCUGCUAACUAAGGACAAAAUCAGCGACAUUUGUACCAUGAUUCACCCGGAAGGGAAAAUACACAAGAUCUGCUCCCAGAACGAAUCUCUAUUUCAUACAUCUAGACUAUACAAAGGUUGACGAAAUCAGAUGUACAGUAUUAUAAGUAUUGUAAAUCAAAAAUAAAUCAUCUUGUUUAUUCCUGCUUUUAUUCUAUUUACAUGGUAAUUUACAAGUAAAUAAUGAUAUUACAUAUGUCUAUAAAUAUGAUUCUGGCAUUGAAAGCUUGGCUUCUUUGCCAUGUACAG